AUGGAGGAGGUGGAUGAGUGGAAGCGGCGGCCAAUGGAGGCAACCAUCCUUCAGCAAGGCAUCGAAAUGGAGAGGCAGUUUGGCAGGCCGUACUUCGAUGAGAAGCGAGGAAUUGGCAAGGUCUGUGACUGGUUGCCACAUCGUGGUUUUGGGUACUUGCUUUGUGGCUCACCGCCCGAGAAACUGAUCUUUCGAGCGGACGACGUGCCUGCAGACUACCUCGACGCGCACGGUGGCCAGGUGCCCAUGGAGGCAGACGUCGAGUUCGCAAUUGCGGGCACUUUUAGGGGGAGGAAGAGAGCCAAAGACUUGGUGUUCCCAACUUCUGGGAGCUUCGCGGAACUUGGGCUGAAGCCCGAGGUCAUCGAAGGAGCAGCUAACUCACUUGGACUGGAUCCAAGAGAGAAUCCAGAAGCUCCAGCACUUCUCAAUCCAGCGCCAGUGCAGCAGGAGGCCAUCCCGUACAUCCUGAAUGGUGACAACAUUGUCAUUGCUGCGGAGACGGGAUCCGGGAAGAGCCUCGCGUACAUGCUGCCGAUGGUGCAGAUUGUUCGGGGAAUGGCGCAGGCUCGAAACAUGGACUAUGGCUUGGCAUACCGAGCCGGAUGCCCUCUGGCCUUGGCCAUAUGUCCGACUCGGGAGCUUGCCAUCCAGGCAUACAAGACUCUCAAGCUCAUCAGCCAUCAUGCGCGGUGUCGCGUUCGCCUGGUUCACGGUGGCUCGAUGACGUGGAGAACGCAGCGGCAGGAGAUCUCUCAGGUUGUGGACAUCCUCGUUUGCACGCCUGACAGGCUCCUGAAAUUCUACAACUCCAAGGACAUCAGGCUAGAGGAGGUGGCUUACAUCGCGAUUGAUGAGGCAGAUUUUCUUCUUACUCAGGGGUUUGACGACUUGUACAAAAUCUUGGACUUGGUGGACGAGGAUUCCAGGCACAAGCGCCAGAUGCGCUACUCGUUGAUCACAGCCAGCAUCACGAAACCUUUGUGGAGAAUUUUUCAGGAAGACCGACGGUUCAGGACGCUGAGAAUACUUGAGUCCAACUCACUCCACAGGCCGCAGGCCAACUGCUCUCACACCAUGGUCUUGACCAAGGGCCGCUGCAAAGUGAGGAUGCUGGUGCAGUUGGUUCAGCGCGAUCUCGGUGAAGAAAGCCUUCGCCGUGGACUGACGCCCAGACAGACCCUGGUCUUCUGCAACACCCUCUCCUCUUGCAAGUCAGUGGGCUUCCAGCUGAAGGAGAAGUACAGCCAUGUACAAGAGAAAAUCGGCAUUCUCCACAAAGAAAUGCAGACAGCUGAGCGCAAGGAGGUCCUGAGGAAGUUUGUUGACGGAGAGUACCAUGUGGUGGUCUCCACCGACUUGGCGCAGAGAGGUCUUGACCUGCCAAACUGCGAGCACGUCAUAAACUUUGACUUUCCGCUGAAUUCCAUUGACUACCUGCACAGGGCUGGCCGCACUGCGAGAUACGGAGAGCCUGGCAAGGUCACGUCCUUGGUCAAAAAGGGUGACAAGUACCUUGCCAAGGCCAUUGAGCGAUGCGUCCAGCUUGGGAAGCCGAUAAACGAACUGUCAUCAGACAAGCGUGAUUAUUUGCGAGGAGGAGCUCUGGGUGAGCUGAUGGAACGCCAUCCUCGGGCAGCAAAGUACUUAAGCCGCGAAGAGCGUGGGCUCCCUGCGCGGAAACCGUACGCAGGCGGUCUGAGGUAG